AUGUCUUCUCGCUACGACGAGCGUUCCCCGCUUCUCCAGAACGGCCACGGAGAAGAUCCUGACCACCGAGAGCAGAUUCAGUUCUCGAAAAAUGAUGCAGAGAACCCUCGAUCAUGGUCGAGAAGGAGGAAGAUGGCCAAUGUCGCAGUCAUUGCCUCGAUGGCCAUCUUGAGUCCACUCGCAAGCUCCAUGUUCACUCCAGGGAUGAGCCAAAUUGCUGAAGGACUCCACACCUCCACCGACACUGUCGUCGGCGCAACAACCGGCUUCGUCGUCAUGCUAGGCGUCGGUCCGCUAAUCCUGGCGCCGCUUUCCGAGACCUUUGGGCGUCGGAAGUUGUAUCUGUGGUGCUUCACCAUCUUCACUCUCCUCCAAAUACCCACGGCUUUUAGUCCCAACAUCGCUGUCAUGAUCACCCUCCGCACCUUUGCUGGCUUCUUCGGUAGCAUCGGCAUCGCCAAUGGCGGAGGAACAAUCAGCGACAUGUUCCACCCAGAAGAGCGGGCAGGCGUGUUUGGGUGGUAUCUUCUGGGUCCUUUACUUGGACCCACGCUCGGCCCGCUCAUUGGAGGCGUCAUUGUCCAGAGACUGGGCUGGAGGUGGCUUUUCAUCGUCUUAGCCAUUCUUUGCGGAGCCAACACGACGUCCGCCUUCUUCUUCCUCCGAGAAACAUAUGCACCCGUUCUCCUGAGAGGGAAGAAAGAGGAGAUGGAGAAGGAAGCGGGAUCCGAAGGCACGAGAUACUGGUUCGAAGGAGAAGACAAUAGGCCAAUGUCCACCAAACUCGGCCACUCCUUCUUGCGCCCUCUGCGCAUCCUAACCCACCCUGUGGUCUUGACCAUGUCCUUAUAUCAGGCCUUGAUAUUCAGCACGACUUACAGCUUGUAUACCAACUUUCAGGACAUCUACGGCGGAGAGUACGGCUUCAGCACCGAGCAGGUCGGGCUUGUGUACCUUGGCCCUGGGGUUGGCUUCGUGUUUGCGGUCCGGCUCUUGGUUCCCAGGAUUGACGACGUCUACAAGAGGCUGAAGGCCCGCAACGGCGAUGUGGCGAAGCCAGAGUACAGACUCCCACUUGCAAACAUAGGAUCUGUACUCCUACCGAUUUCGUUGUUCUGGUUCGCUUGGACCGUCCAAUUGCAUACCCACUGGUUCGCCACCGUUGCCAGCACCUUUUUCUACGGCGUAGGCCAAGUCAUGAUCAUCAACUGCACGCAAAACUAUUACAUCGAUGCAUUCGAGAAGUAUGCCGCCUCUGCCAUUGCAGCCGGCGCCGUCUUUCGUUCGGUCAUUGGCGGAGUGGUGCCCCUGUUCGCCCCCUUGCUGUUCAAGACCGUGGGCUACGGUUGGGGCAUCUCAGUCUUCGCACUCAUCAGCCUCCUGCUUGCCCCUGCCCCGCUGUUCUUCUACUGGUUUGGAGAGCGCAUCCGAGAGUCGUUCGCAGUCGAGCUUUGA